CGCUCAACGCUCGUCGUAAAUGUUGUCAUAACAAAGUUCAUAAUGGGUUAUCACAGUAGAUAAAAUGGUAUUUUUUAAUUAAAUAAAACAUUAUCAAGUUUAUUUGUCAAAGGAACUUUUGGUGUAGUUCUUUUUACUAUGAGUUCUACUGUAAUACGUACGUUUUUAUUUGACUGCCAUCGACGAUUACAUAGAAAUACUCUUCAAUAUUUCUGGAGUCCAACGAUUGGUUUACAAACAAACUUCAACUUUAAGAUUGGCAAGAAGUUCAUACAUACAACUUCCACAAUGAGCAACCUACUCACUGGACAACUGUGGGAUACAGACCCGGAACUGUUUGAGAUCAUUAAGAAGGAGAAACAUAGACAACUAACAGGGUUGGAGAUGAUUGCCUCCGAGAACUUCACUUCCUUGUCUGUGCUUCAGUGCCUCAGCUCAUGUCUACAUAACAAAUAUUCUGAAGGCAUGCCAAACCAAAGAUAUUAUGGUGGAAAUGAAUUCAUCGAUGAAAUAGAAAUUAUGGCGCAGAAGCGGUCUUUGCAAGCAUAUAGACUUAGUGAAGAGGAAUGGGGAGUAAAUGUGCAACCUUAUUCAGGGUCGCCAGCAAACUUCGCCGUUUACACCGGCAUCGUGGAGCCGCACGGGCGCAUCAUGGGCUUGGACUUGCCCGACGGCGGCCAUCUCACGCACGGCUUCUUCACGCCCACCAAGAAGAUAUCGGCCACCUCCAUUUUCUUCGAAAGCAUGCCAUAUAAGGUGAACCCCGAAACAGGGCUAAUAGACUAUGACAAGUUAGCGGAGACCGCGAAGCUGUUCAAGCCUCGCAUCAUCAUCGCCGGCAUCAGCUGUUACUCGCGCUGUCUCGACUACAAGCGGUUCAGGCAGAUCGCGGACGAGAACGGGGCCUAUCUGAUGGCUGAUAUGGCGCACGUCUCGGGACUGGUCGCCGCUGGUAUUAUUCCAAGCCCGUUCGAGUACGCCGACAUAGUAUCGACAACUACCCACAAAACACUCCGUGGUCCCAGAGCAGGCGUCAUAUUCUACCGCAAGGGCGUUCGCUCUGUGAAAGCGAAUGGCACCAAAGUAAUGUAUGAUUUGGAGAGCAGAAUCAACCAAGCGGUAUUCCCUGGCCUGCAAGGAGGACCUCACAAUCACGCCAUAGCGGCCAUAGCUACGGUCAUGAAGCAAGCCAUGACUCCCGAGUUUAAGGAAUAUCAAAAGCAGGUCGUAAAGAACGCCCAGCGGUUAUGUGAGGGUUUAAAAUCUCGCGGCUACAACAUAGCCACAGGAGGGACGGACGUGCAUAUAGUCCUCGUCGAUAUGAGGAGUGUGGGACUUGUGGGGGCUCCGUCCGAACGGAUCCUGGAACUCUGUGGAGUUGCUUGUAAUAAAAAUACUGUUCCGGGAGACAAGAGUGCUAUGAACCCUAGUGGCAUUAGACUUGGUACUCCCGCACUUACCACCAGAGGUAUGAAGGAAGCUGACAUCGACAGGGUAGUAGAUUACAUCGACAAAGCUGUUAAAAUUGCUCAAGAUAUUAUCAAAGUAUCCGGACCGAAGAUAGCUGACUUUAACAAAACGAUCGAAGGGAGCGCCGACUUCAAGGCAAGAAUCAACAAACUGCACAACGAAGUGGCGGAAUUCAGCAAAUCAUUCCCACUCCCCGGACUAGAAGAUUAUUAAGUUUACUAUAUUUUGAUACUUUUUAAGAUAUUGUAUAGCCAUUUUAUACUGUCAUCUGUAAUUAAGCUGAACAUACAGCUGAAGGUGGUCUUUUGGCUCAGUCUACCUCGUAAGAGAUAAAGACGUUACUCUAUAUAUAUACAUUUUUUUUGUGUUUUUUAUUCCAUCUAUCCACAUACUUUUAUGUCAAAUGGAUUUACGACGAAUCUCGGUUUUACUUUGUAUCCAUGCAUUUAACUUCCUAUUGCAUUUAAUUCCAUUUUGCUCAUUAUUACUUAUAAUUAAGGUGCCUUAUAGUUGUAAGUGAAACUGUGUUAUUCCUAUUAUUUUGCUAGAAAUAUUUUUACGGCUGUGUAUAAAUCAAAAGAGUACCACUAAAUUGUUAUAACGUAAAGUGUAUGUUGUUGAUAUAUCUUAAAAAUAAAAUAUAACUCAGA